AUGCCUCCUCCUCCACGCCCGGAUGACAGCAGGCCCGCCACAUCGACGGAAGAGAGAAGGGGAUCUCGGCUCAACCCUGACUUCGAUCCUGAUUCGGGUCAGUAUCGCCUUGUGGGUCCUCCACGUGCAGCUACCUCGAACAUGACCAACGAGAUGAGCCAAUCUGCUAUCCCUCCAGCAAAGAAGCGAUUUUCGGCAUUCAAUACCAAGGCUGCUAUGACAAACGUCUUCAAUCGGCCUAGUAGCGGUACAUCCUCGAAGCCUGGGACACCCACCUCCUCAAGGCCGAUCUCAAGUCACUUGGGAGCUCAGCAACCAGUAUCCCUGGAGCGCCCUGCUCAUCCAGACUUUGAGCGAAGUAGCACUGCCGGUCCUACCUUCAACCAGAUGCUUCCGACUCCAACAGGUACACCGCCGGUUGAUGCUAACGAACGCCGUAAGAGACGGGGUUCGGCUGCUGGACUAAUCUCCGGCCUUUUGGGACACGUCCACAGGAGCAAGGAGUCCCAGCAGGCUACGUCACCCCAGAUGCAACAGCCUUAUGAUCGCCGCGCUUCUGGUUCUCAGCUUGGUACCCCUCACCCGCCGGCCCUGCAGACACAGGGACGAAGACCUUCGGGACCCCAAUUGACCAGCCCUGUACUUCCAGGGCGUCAGCUUGGAAGCCCUCAAGGCUCUGCACCGCCAUUGGCCAGUCCCCAACCUCAAAGGCCUCAUCAGUUUGGCAAUCAGCAGUCGAUAUCUAGGGAACAAUCUCCAAUGUCAGCUGCCCGACCUCUUUCUGGUGGGAUAAGAGAUAACCAGCACGCUCAAGCUGCCUACCGCAACUCACGUCCAUCACCUCUGGGCUUUGGCUCUACCACACCAGCAGGGACUCCUCCUAUCGGAUCAGUGACUGAAGGCAGCCGCCAUGGGACUCCACAGACACCUUUCAGCGUGGGACAGAGCGUCCCGGACGCGCGAGCUGGAAGAAUGCGAUCGAUCUCACCAGCUGCGUCCGCAAUCAGAAGUGCCCCGACAACGCAGACAUCAUUCAACGUUCCAAGCACAGCCCCAACAACUCAGCCGUCAUUCCACCAUGCGUCACAAUCGUCGCAGUCGCUUGACAAGCUCGCGCAUGCAAAGCAGGAGGGAACUCGGAUCCAACGACCAGUCACCGACUCACCAAACAUGUCCUUCAGGCAUGAGAAUAGGGCUAGUCAUGGUGCAUCAGAUAGUGACAUGCCCUUGUCUCCAGUGUCGCAAAUUUCCAAGACUGGCCCGCCGUCUGUAUCGUCGAUGGCUACUCAGAGUCCUCGUCUGAAUACGACGACUUUGGCUGCUGGAAGACGACAGUCCUCCCAGCUUUCACAGCCUGACACGCCUGUUGUAUCUGCAGUGUCUGCUUCUCCACAACACCAGACCUUUGCCAACAGGAUGGGAGUGUCACCGCCACAGCAACAUCAACAGUUUCCUUCUGGAUUCCAGCAGCAGCAUGCGAAUGCUCAGCAACAGGCACACCCUCAGAUGAACCCUCCGCAUGGUGGCUACCAGAUUACUCCGGGUCAGCAGUACGAGCCCAAUCUCCGUCAGCCAUCUGCCGGUCAGCCUAUGCCAGGCUCAUAUCCACAAGCCAGUUCCCCUGGCCAUCCAUCUAUGCAGAUGCAGCAUUCUGGUUCAGGCCCUCCAGUCCCCCCAAAGGACAGCUCGGGUGCUCUUCAGCAACCCCAGGUUGCCAAUCAGCCAGCUCGCCAGCCAAGUCCAGGAGCUUCUAAGUGGAAGGGUCUGAGGAAUCGCAUGUCGGCACAGGUCUCAAACAAGCCAGCAGCGAGUCAAAGAAAGGGCGAGAAUGACAAGCUGACCGCAAACAAGAUCCUCGGAGCAUUUAAACGAGGUUCCAAGGAGAAUCGGCAGUCAAUGGUCAUUCCCGAUCUGCAGGCUUAUCAGAACCAUGAGAUGCGGCCUGUGCAGCGACAACAGCAGCCUCAACAAGCCCAGCAAGCUCAGCGACCUCAACAGCCCCAGAUUCCUCAGCAGCAGUUUGCUGGUCAAGUUCCGCAUGGACAGACCCAGUCUCCCCGUCCAUCCUCACAGGUCAGCAGCCAACCUUUUGGACAAGUGCCGACUGUUCGCCCGUCAUCUCAGUUCAGCAACCAGAGUAUGGGACAAGCGCAGACCAAGCGAUACUCAUCAAUGUUUACCAGCCCAAUUAUGCCACAGCAAGAGUUCCGAAGUCCUUCGGGGGCUUACGCUUCAGGUCCCCAGGGUAUGAGCCAGCCACAACCUGGCCACCCGUAUCAGUCUCCUCAGAUGGAGGGCCAGUUCCCGCCGACACAGUCGUCACAGGCUCAAUAUCAUUCUCCGCCGCAGCCCCAUGGUCAAUUCCAGUCUCCUGUCCAACAGCAAGGCCACUUCCAAUCGCCUGCUCAACCGCAAGGCCAGUUCGUGUCUCCACCCAUGCAGCAUCAGGGUCGCUUCCAUUCCCCCGCACAGCAGCAGGGACAGUUCCAGUCUCCUCCUCAACCCUCGGGUCAAUGGCAACCUCAGAUGCCUUCCCCUGCUGGACAAUUCCCACCACCUCAACAAAGACAGGCUUCUUAUCCUGGCCAAUGGCACGGUGGAACAAUCGGCCAAAGCCCAAAUACGCCCUCGUCAUAUAGAAGUCCUCAGCAUUCUCAGUUCUCGUCGCAGCCUCAAAACCCGCAGUAUGGGUUCCCAACAGCACAAAAUCUUCAUGGGGAGGAAUCACCCCCUGUUCAUGUCUCGACACCUACUCAGGUUCACUCUCCUACACCAGUUCACGCCCCGUCGCCUCGUCCUUCACUGUUGAACCUGCAAGCGAUGGUUGCUGCCAACCCUGAACACAACCACACCCAAGAAGGAGAACGUGAGUGCUCAGAUGCCGCUCCUCGAAAUGACCCCAAUGCAACUCAUCAGGGAACCUCCAAUAUGCAGAGGUUUCACAGCGACAGUCCCCAUAGUGGCAGAACCAGCGGGAGUCCCAGAGUUGGCGGUAAUCCUCCAUCAGCGCAACACGUCUCCCCAAGAAUAGGCACAGAGCAGAACGGUAGCUCCAAGUCCCAAGCUCCUAGUCUUCCCAUGCCUGUGCUUGCUGGAGGCGAUUUCAUGGGAGGCCAUGCUGCGCAUGGUACCAGCUCACGAUUCUCAUCUAAAGCAGAGGAGUCUCAGGGCGUGUCGCUCAGUCCCCCAUCUGGUGCACCAGGCAGUGUCAGCCCUAACUCUACGAGGCAAUCACCAUCAGGUGGUAGUGAUCUUGGCCCUCCCGAAUUAAAGAGCAGGGGAGGCCCAUCGUUCCAUGCUGAACUCGAAGAUACCGAGGGCGCCCGCAAGCGCACAUUGCGAAUUGAUUCGCAAGAAGAGAAGAUUCACUACGAUCCCAAUGCCGACUCCGAUGGAGAGGUUCCUCCUCAGAUGAGCGCGACUAGUUAUCCUGGUCAAGAGUGGAAUCCCUACGGCAUGCCCGAGAUGGGUGACUGGAACGAGGCGACGGACCGCUAA